AUGGACAUUGACGCGGAAAAAUUAGUGUUUUUGAUCGAGGAAAGGAGCCCAAUAUUUAAUUACAAAAAUAAAGAUCACAAAAAUAAGUUAAUAACGGAAAAACUAUGGGACGAAAUAGCUACAGAAAUGAAUAGUGAAGUAGCAGCAUGCAAAAAUAAAUGGACAAAUUUACGGAACUCAUAUUCGAGGUAUUUGAGGGAAGAAAAAAACAAACCAUAUAGAUCGAGUGGUAAGCAGAAGCGGAAAUGGUACUUGGCUGAUGCAAUGUCUUUUUUAAAAGAGUUUGUACAUCAGCAACGUGAAAUGCGCAGUAAUUUACCUGUAAAUAGCCCUGAUGUCGAAGAGCAAACUGCCGACAUGUCGCAAAAUGAUUUUACGGAUGCAGUAAGUACUGACAAAAGCAGUCCAAUACCAACGAAAAAGAGUAAGAUAUCUAUAUCUGAGAUGAUAGCAGGACCAAUGAUUGAGUUCCUAAACUCCAAAACGAAGCAGAAACCAAAAGAAAAUGGAAAUGAAUUAUUUUUUAAAAGUUUGCUGUCUGAUUAUGAAAAACUCUCCAGUAAAAGGCAAAGACUAUUCAGAAUGCACAUGAUAAAGGAAAUGAAUAAAUUUCAAGAAGAAGAGGAAAAUGAAUAUUUAAGUAGCUCAACGUCAUCGUCGGUCAAGGGAUUAUCUAAUGUGGUAUAUGAAUAA